AUGGCCAUUGGUAAAAGGUUACUGGUGAACAAGCCAGCAGAGGAAUCAUUUUAUGCUUCCCCGAUGUAUGAUUUUCUGUAUCCAUUCAGGCCAGUUGGAAAUCAAUGGCUGCCAGAGUACAUCAUUUUCGUAUGCGCCGUUAUAGUAAGAUGCGCAAUUGGACUUGGACCAUAUUCUGGAAAGUCCACUCCGCCCCUGCACGGUGAUUUUGAAGCUCAAAGGCACUGGAUGGAAAUCACACAGCACUUACCACUCUCCAAAUGGUACUGGUAUGACUUACAAUACUGGGGCUUGGACUAUCCGCCAUUAACAGCUUUCCACUCUUACCUUUUAGGUCUUAUUGGGACCUUUUUCAAUCCAUCAUGGUUUGCUCUUGACAAGUCUCGUGGGUUUGAAUCCCCUGAUAAUGGCCUAAAAACUUACAUGCGUUCUACUGUCAUCAUCAGUGACAUAUUAUUCUAUUUUCCAGCAGUUAUAUAUUUCACCAAAUGGCUUGGUAGAUACCGAAACCAGUCACCAAUAGGGCAGUCUAUUGCGGCGGCAGCAAUACUGUUCCAACCUUCGUUAAUGCUCAUUGACCAUGGGCACUUCCAAUAUAAUUCAGUUAUGCUCGGUCUCACUGCAUAUGCCAUAAAUAACCUGCUAGACGAAUAUUAUGCUAUGGCUGCAAUGUGCUUUGUCCUGUCCAUCUGUUUCAAACAAAUGGCACUGUACUAUGCACCAAUUUUUUUCGCCUAUCUAUUAAGUCGAUCAUUAUUGUUCCCAAAGUUCAAUAUAGCGCGGUUAACAGUUAUUGCGUUUGCAACACUCGCAACCUUUGCUUUAAUGUUUGCACCACUUUAUUUCCUAGGAGGAGGACUAAGAAAUAUUUACCAGUGCAUUCACAGGAUGUUUCCGUUCGCUAGAGGUAUUUUCGAAGACAAAGUUGCAAAUUUUUGGUGCGUUACCAACAUAUUUGUGAAGUACAAGGAAAGAUUUAGUAUUCAGCAACUCCAACUAUAUUCCCUAGUUGCCACAGUUCUCGGUUUUUUACCGGCUAUGAUGAUGACAUUAUUACACCCAAAGAAGCAUCUUCUUCCAUAUGUACUAAUCGCAUGUUCUAUGUCGUUCUUUCUCUUCAGUUUUCAGGUUCACGAGAAAACUAUUUUAGUUCCACUUUUACCUAUUACAUUACUCUAUUCUUCUACUGAUUGGAAUGUUUUAUCUUUAGUAAGUUGGAUAAACAAUGUUGCUUUGUUCACUUUAUGGCCUUUAUUGAAAAAGGACGGUCUUCAUUUACAGUACGUUGUGUCUUUUCUACUAACCAAUUGGCUGAUUGGAAACUUCAGUUUUAUUACACCAAGAUUCUUGCCAAAAUCCUUAACUCCUGGUCCAUCCAUUAGUAGUAUCAAUAGCGAUUACAGAAGAAGAAGUCUGUUGCCCUAUAAUGUGGUAUGGAAAAGUUUUAUUAUAGGAACGUAUAUCGCCAUGGGCUUAUAUCAUUUCUUAGAUCUAUUUGUAGCGCCUCCAACGAAAUAUCCGGACUUGUGGGUGCUGUUAAAUUGUGCUGUAGGGUUUAUCUGUUUCAGCAUAUUUUGGGUAUGGUCUUACUACAAGAUAUUUACAUCUGGAAAUAAAUCAAUGAAGGACUUGUAA